CCAACGUUAGAUGCUGCUGUUUAUCGCUGCCCUCUGGAUCAGAAUUUGUCAGAAUGGCCAAGGAGAAAACCUAUCGAUCAAGUGUGAAAACUGGAAACUGGAGUGAGGAUCGACUCUUAGAGGAGGAUGCAUUGAAAGACUAUCUGGAGAAAAAGGAGAGGGGGGAGCUUGCUGCCCAGAAAGUCGACCUCCUCAAACAGAAUAUGUUAAAACAGGUUAACCUCUCUGUCACAACUGAUGGAAAGCUACACUUCGGUGAUGCUGUGAUGUUGGUGAACGUGGAACGUGGAGAAAGGAGGGAAUGCACUGCUGUCAGCAUCAAUGCUGACAUCAACAGUUUGACAAAGGUUCCAUCCCUUGGUAUUCAGGCUCCGUGUGGAGUUAGUGCAGGAAGAGGCAUUCAGCCAUGCCCACGCACUGUUUUCAUCAUUACCAGUGUGGAUGGCAGUCCUGAGGGAUCCAUUUUGUCUUAUGACCAAAGCUUUGCACUGAAAACAACAAGUGGCUUUUCCAGAGGGCUUUACUUAAAAAGUGAUCUACAGAGUUUUCAAAAGUGUGCAAAGAAGUCUCGCCUCCAAGAAGUGUUCCUGGAUGAAAGAGACUGUUUUCUGUCAUGGUGGAAAAUAGUUCACUUUGAUCCCCAGGAAAGGCUUGAAUAUGAGGGUCAGCCAGUUCCUGCAAAUGUGAAGGUGGUGAUCAUUCAUUGCAAGACAAACCAUGCUCUUGCAGUUCUGCGAGAUCAAGUUCUUUGGACCACAUAUGGUAAAGAGCACGAGGUGACGGCUCACACAUUCUUAGAUUCCCACAAAGCUGAACAGGACAACAAUCAAUGGGUAGUGUGCACCUCUGACCCAGGAGGGAACGGACCAGCAAUUCUUAACUGCCCGGAAUCAACAGCUACCAACAAGGAGUUCACAUUGACAGAUCCAUCUAUUUGAUUCUUGUAUCUCUUUUUCCAAUCUGUAAUGUGCACAUAGAGCAAAGAUACCUGAACCAUUGACAAUAAAGCUUUUUU